AUGGAGGACGCGGAAUCUGAUGAACAGACGUGGGUGUUCGUUCUGCCCAAUCUAGAAGAAGCGCCCCCCGCGUACGAUACCCUCGAAAACGCCAGGCCACACGCACGGGUGGUAGAGGGAAAGGAUGCGUAUCAAUCGAAAGCGGCCGCAGCGACGCUUUCCAUUCAGAAAUUCCUGCCAUACAAGAGAAGCGCAGGUGCGAGCUGGUUCGACUUUGGCCGCGCUCGUCGUGCACGGGAGUUGCAAGAGAUCGUGCUCGAAUGUCUUCGGGACAUGCUCAACGAUCCAGAGAUGGACGGCUUCACAACUUCCAUUCUCGAUAAAUGUUCUGUGGCGUGCCGUCAUCAAGGACUUUCCCUGUCUUCCAUCCUACAACAACCUUUGAUCACCGACCAUUCCGCGAUAUACUGGGCAGUAGUCAUCCUCAAACGACCACAGUCUGCCGAAGCCGUCGCGGCUAGCAAAGAGCUUUUUGACGCGUUUUUGAAACUCGCCGACCCGCUCACCGAGCAGGCACGCUCGGAGAUGCGCCUAGCAUGCCUACAUAGCGCCAAUGAUCUGCUUUUCCAGCAGCUGCGCCAUAUGCCGAGAUUCGCACCUCUACCAGACACAGAUAGAUUAUUGCUGGGGACAUCCGUCACCUCGGAUGAGAUAACUAUAGACAGCCUUGCAUCCAGCCACGAUGAUUGCGGCUUUGUUGCGUCGUUUCGCAUACCAAUGUUUCAAAAGCGUAUGCAAAUCUGCAAGAACAUCAACUUGGAGUUCAUCGCCCGAGGGCGCAUGUGGUCUGUACAGUUCGUUGUCGCUGAUCCGUCGAUCGCAUUUACGGAAGACGUUGCGUUCCCCGGCACCUGGGUCGUAGCUAUAACGCUGCUCAGCCGCAGUCCACCUACCUAUGUCGAUUCGCGACUUAUCAUCAGCAGGCGUAUGGAUAUGCAGCAGUCCGUACUGCUCGGACACGCAGGAGCACGAAUGAAGACUGCCAUGACAGUGCGCUUGAAGACUUCCGGUAACUUGCAGCUGACAUCUAUCGAUGAUGAGUCCCGAGAGACGGCAGACUACAUCGUCGCGCCCUUGAAGGAGAUCUUGAAGCAUAGUGAUAACUCGUUUUUUGACUCCGAAGGGGCUCUUCGAGCUCGACUAGAGAUGCGGCUCCGCCGCCCUACGAAGACUGGAGCCUAUAUGGACACGAUUCGAUCCCAGCUCAGCCGCUCUCGUAGUACUGGCGCGUGA